AAUUAGAUGCUAUCAAGUCUAGAAGAACUACAGUUAAAUAAUUAUUUUCAAUUUCAGUCAGUAGCAAUCAGUAGGUUGUGUGGACCGGUUGUUAUUUUAAAUUGUAGUCAAAACUAGAAGUAAAGUCCGUUCAGCAAUGGCUAGACUAGCAGCAAUCAUACUGCCAAUAAUCAUUGGUCUGGCCAAUUUUCAUAUGAUAUCUGGCAUCGAUGAUCCGGAGUUCGUUGGCAGAAUGGUAUUGGACGAAGUUCCGUUAAUCGAUGGACACAACGAUUUACCCUAUAACUUAUACCGAAUUGAGGGUAACAUGCUCGAGAACUUUGAUUUUGAUUCGGAUUUGCGACAAAAUCCUAAAUGGCAAGUCUCAUCGUCGCAUACAGAUCUGCCAAGAUUAAGACAGGGAAAAGUUGGAGGACAGUUCUGGGUCGCCUACGUUGGCUGUGAAACGAAUCAUAAAGAUGCUGUGGAAAGAACAUUGGAGCAAAUUGACGUAAUAAAAAGAUUGGUAGCUAAAUACAAUGAGAGCAUGGAAUUGGUUACUGAAGCUGAUGGAAUCAUGGAGGCUUUUAAUCAGCAAAAAAUUGCAAGCAUAAUUUGUGUUGAGGGUGGUCAUUCCAUUGACUCGAGAAUGUCGGUUUUGAGAUUAUUUUACGAGCUCGGCGUUAGAUACUUAACUUUAACACAUAAUUGCAAUACUCCAUGGGCCGAUAACCACAACCAAUAUUCUCAAUCUAAUGUGCCUAAAAUUGGAGGCUUGUCUGAAUUUGGUCGGGAUAUUGUUCGUGAAAUGAAUCGACUCGGAAUGAUGGUUGAUCUUUCACAUGUGUCUAAAGAUGUGAUGUUGGAUGCUUUGAACGUUAGUUUAGCACCAGUUAUAUUCAGUCACAGUUCCGCCAGAGGUGUAUACAAUGUAACCAGAAAUGCUGAUGAUGAAGUUUUAUUGAAAUUGAGAGAGAAUGACGGAAUCAUUAUGAUCAAUUUCUAUCCGGGUUUCAUAGGACGAAACGCUUCGAUAUUCGACGUAAUCGCUCAUCUUAAUCACAUCAAGUCUGUCAUUGGACCUGAUUACAUUGGACUCGGAGGAGACUAUGACGGUGUAUCUUCCCAACCAAUCGGCCUAGAAGACGUUUCCAAAUACCCCGAUCUGUUCGAUUUGCUGGCCGAAGAGGGACACGGAUAUGAACCGUGGAGCCGAGAAGAUUUGCAGAAACUGGCCGGUUUGAAUUUGAUCCGAGUGUACAAAGAAGUGGAGAAUGUGCGAGAUCAAUUACGUAACGGAACAAUCAAUGAUCGAUCCAUAUCUAGGGAUGAUCUGAUUGCAACUAACGUAACAAUGACGUGCCGCACAAAUAUGGGUUCGAGUAGUGGAGCCGAAGCUACACCAGAUAGCCAUUUAGUAGUGAUUCAAUUUUACAUUAAUUUGGAAGGUUAUUUUGUGAUCAGAAGUGUUUUUUUUACAAAUCGGAACAAAAUGAGAAGUUUUACGGAAAUGUGGUACGAUCCCCCAACACGAAAGAAGAUCUUAAUAUUUGGUGGAGCCGGAUUAGCGUUCAUCAUAAUCCUGAUAAUUAUCAUUGUUGUGGCUACAUCCGGAUCUAAGCCCGAACAUUUUGUUGGGUCACAGGUUCUGAGUGAGGUUCCCUUAGUCGAUGGUCACAAUGACGUAGCUAAUAACCUAUACGAGCAUGAGAAAAACCAGCUGAGCGCCUUUGAUUUCACUAACUUAACGGGCAAUCCGAAGUGGGACAAUCCAGACAAUGUAUAUAAAUCACAUACGGACUUAACUAGAUUGAUGGCUGGUAAGGUUCGGGGACAAUUCUGGGCAGCCUAUGUUGACUGUAAUACAACCAAUCCCGUUGCGCGAACUCUCGAACAAAUUGAUGUUAUCAAAAGAUUGAUAGAUAAAUAUCCCGAUCAGAUGGAACUGGUUACGGAACAUGAUGGAAUCUUGAAUGCAUUUUAUAACAACAAGAUCGGCAGCUUGAUUGGAGUCGAAGGUGGACAUUCAAUUGAUUCCAGUUUAGCCGUUCUACGGUUGUACUAUGAACUAGGAGUCAGAUACAUGACGCUCACUCACAACUGCAAUACGGCAUGGGCAGAAUCCCAUGAACCUAACCAGACAUCACAAUAUAACGUUACUGGUCUUACCACAUUUGGACAGGGCAUCGUAUUGGAAAUGAACCGUUUAGGGAUGAUGGUGGAUUUAUCGCAUGUUUCUAACGAGACUAUGCACAAGGUCUUGGACGUGACUAAAGUUCCAGUAAUUUUCAGUCACUCAUCUGCAUAUGGAAUGACAACUAGCACCAGAAAUGUAGAUGACUCAGUACUACUUAGAUUGAAAGACAAUAAAGGAAUUGUUAUGGUAAAUUUCGGUUCUAAGUUCGUUCGAACCGGCUCGGACCCAGCAGUUAACGCCUCUAUGGCUGAUGUUAUAGCUCAUUUGGAUUAUAUCAGAAACGUGACCGAAUCGACCGACUAUGUUGGUAUAGGAGCUGAUUAUGAUGGACUUUCAGAGGUCCCAGAUGGUCUGGAAGACGUUUCAAAGUACCCAUCAUUGUUCGAUAAAUUGGCAGAAACUUAUGACUAUCAUCGUGGUUGGACCAGAGAAGAACUGAGCAAAUUGGCUAGUGGAAAUUUGUUGCGUGUUAUGACGGCUGUAGAACAGUAUCGUGACGAAAAAAAGGGAGUUUUAAACGAAAACAUUUUAGAUAAUUCAACAACUACAACUGUGUAGCUGUAGCUAUAUGGUUUUAGAGUCACCGUUAAAUGAAUGCCAUUAGUUUUGUUUUUCGUCAGUUUGUUGCGACCAUCUUUUUAAAUAUUUAUUU